UAGCUUGGAUUCUGUGGAAGUAAGUGCAGUGUUAUUAUUGUGAAAUCGCGGCAUGAAGCGUCGCGGCGCGGGACGUCUUGCUGCCGUCGCUUUAUGGACGCUCCUACUACACCUCACCCACGCCGACUGGUGGCAAUUGGGAUUACCUAGCUCUCUAUCGAAUUCGGUGGAUUUAACACCUACGUCUCAUAAAGAUCGUUGCCACAAGCUUGAAUAUCUCGUCGAUCGACAAAGGGAAUUGUGUGCGCAAAAUGAUAGGGUUCUAUCGAUAAUCGGCAAUGGGGCGAAACUGGCCAUGGACGAAUGUCAACACCAAUUCAGAAACAGCAGGUGGAAUUGCUCCACGUUUCCUGAGUAUAAUUCCGUUUUCGGUAACGUCGUAUCAGUUAAAAGCAGAGAAUCCGCGUACAUAUACGCAAUAUCCGCUGCAAGCGUCGCCUUUGCGAUUACUCGGGCCUGCUCUAAGGGCGAACUCACCGACUGCUCCUGUGACAACCGUGUCCGACAGCGAAAAGGACGUUUUUGGCAAUGGGGUGGCUGUUCGGAAGACAUUCAGUAUGGCGAACAAUUCAGUCGAGAUUUUUUAGAUUCCCGUGAAGACGCAAACACACCUAGCGGUCUUAUGAAUUUACACAACAACGAAGCUGGAAGAAGGAACAUUCGACAAAGAAUGCAAAGAGUGUGUAAGUGCCACGGUAUGUCCGGUUCUUGCAGUAUGCGUGUUUGUUGGAGGAGGCUACCUCCACUGCGACAAGUCGGAGAAGCUCUCUUUCAAAGAUACGAGGGCGCAUCUCACGUCAAAUUCGUGGAAAGACGGAGAAAAAAGCUUAAAGUGAUAAGUCCCGACCUGAAGAAGCCAAACAAAACUGAUCUGGUGUAUCUUGAAGACUCGCCAGAUUAUUGCGAACGAAACGAAACGCUAAAUGUCCUGGGUACAAAGGGAAGAAUAUGUAACACAACCAGUCACGGUAUCGAUGGGUGCCGUUUGCUGUGUUGUGGAAGAGGUUACCAAACUCGGGUACGCGAGGUUGAAGAGAAAUGUAAAUGUCAGUUUGUAUGGUGCUGUAACGUUGUUUGUGAAAUGUGCCGAUACAAAAAGGAAGAACACAUCUGUAAUUAACACAAGUAACCAUUCCUAAUGUUGACGUAUUGAUCAAAAUACCGUAGAACAGCCAAAGGAGACAGGACGGUAGAUGGGAGAAGCACCUCUUCAUUUCGUAAUAUUGUUAUUCUAUUGAACUGUAACAGUGUUGUUUCUGUAGUAAAAAAUCUUAAACUUUUAAGAUUUAGAAAAGCUCCGACUCCUAAGUAAAUGGCUAGUGACGCUAUAUUAACCUGAAAAUGACUGAAUAUGUUGUAUGAUAAUUUUUAUAUUUUGUACCUUUUUUAUGCGUUAAUUAAGCGAAAUUUGAGCAAUGUGAAAAUGGCGCUUUCAUCUGCUCAAUUUUCUCUAAAUUAUAGAUGAUUGUAAUAUAAAACUUGUUCAAGAUAUUGCGUUUUACUGAGUUGUACAUUAUUAUUUUUCUCGCGUUCGUAUGUAUUCAAACGGUAAUUGAUGUCUACAUAUGACUCCAUGUACAUAGAUUUUUUUAAUAACUCUCUAUUAGUUGCUAGAUUGAUUAAAACAUACUUAGGUAAGGUUUCUGUAAAUAGGUUGUGCAUUAUUAAUUUAGAUAUUAAUGGUACAGGUGUUAUGUAUAUGUAAAAUGUACUUAUUUCGUAUUCAUUGUAAAGGUUCAUCUUUUUAACAAUUUCAUAAGUAUAUAAGUGUGCCAUAAUAUAAUAUAUAAUUGUAACUGUACUUACAUCCCCAUUUAUA